UAGCCUAUUAACGAUUCCGGUAAGGGGGGCGUCUUCCGUCAAACGUGUGCACUUUGGAUUUGCAUCCCUGCUAGCCUAUAUAAAUACUCACGACAUCACAGUGAUCUGAAGACGCUCAAACUCUCAGGCAAUCGGUAAAGAGCUGCGAGGACGGGAAAUUAAAUGAAUCCGAAAACCAGUGUCCAAAAAGAAGCUUCCCAAAAAAUGGAAAUCUCUUCCAUUGAUUCAGCGUUCCUUGCUACCAGUGGCCAAAGGUAUGUGUGCAUUGAAGGCAGGCCCAGUCGCAGGACCAGUCAAUCGCAUGAGCUGGUCACAAAAUUUCUACAGGAAGGUGACCUUGGAAGCGCAGCUAAAGUCAAAGUGUAUCAUGUUUUGAAUGGCACCAGAAAAUGCAUGGCUUUUUGCUUUGAGGUGAAUAAAAAGUCAGUCUUCCCUGUUAUUACUCACGGUAAAGAGGUCAAAUUCAAGGUUUUACCCAGAGAAGAGCCGAUCACGGCAGGAAUCUUUGACCAAACGUUCUUAUUUCAAUGGGGAGACAUUCAUGGAGACUGGAGGAGUUUGAAAUCAGUGGCUGAACCAAGCAAGUACCUGAUUGAUGGAAAAAAUGGCAAAGAAAAGAACAAAGUGAUCAUCACAACUGAGCGGAGUCCGGUUUUUAAAGUUGAGAAAUGAGAAGAGGGUCCUUUUCUGUUGAUGGAUGUUGAGAAAAUGUGAGAGCAAGUGGAGUGAUUCUUUUCUGGUUCUUUUUGAGGCAUGCCAUUUUAUCCAUUUAUUGGAUUCAUUUAAUUGCCCUUUUGUCAUAACCUAGUAAGUAUUACUGACAUGCAGUUUUAGGUUCAAAAUCAUUUGCAUUAUUACUAUACAAACGCAACUGACACUGUUUAGUUUGUCACAAUGAAAGUAUUUUUAGUUAAUAAUUACAUGGCUUAUCAAAAUGUUUAAAUAAGCCAUAGACAUUACUCAGGAACCUAACCCUUUAGUGUCAUAUCCUGUGAAUCACAUGCUUUCUUUAACUUUUAACUAUGUUAAAAACUAUUUUUGUUGCUUAAUGUUAUUGUGGAAACUGAGAUAUACUACCAUUUAAAAGCUUGGGCUAAGUAACGAAGAAAUUUCACAAUUUAUGUGACAUUGAUAUACUUACUACAUAAGAUACUUCUUAAAAAUGUGUAUGUGUAGCCUAUAUAUACAGUAUUGUUCAAAAUAAUAGCAGUACAAUGUGACUAACCAGAAUAAUCAAGGUUUUUCGUAUAUUUUUUUUAUUGCUACGUGGCAAACAAGUUACCAGUAGGUUCAGUAGAUUCUCAGAAAACAAAUGAGAUCCAGCAUUCAUGAUAUGCACGCUCUUAAGGCUGUGCAAUUGGGCAAUUAGUUGAAUUAGUUGAAAGGGGUGUGUUCAAAAAAAUAGCAGUGUGGCAUUCAAUCACUGAGGUCAUCAAUUUUGUGAAGAAACAGGUGUGAAUCAGGUGGCCCCUAUUUAAGGAUGAAGCCAACACUUGUUGAACAUGCAUUUGAAAGCUGAGGAAAAUGGGUCGUUCAAGACAUUGUUCAGAAGAACAGCGUACUUUGAUUAAAAAGUUGAUUAGAGAGGGGAAAACCUAUAAAGAGGUGCAAAAAAUGAUAGGCUGUUCAGCUAAAAUGAUCUCCAAUGCCUUAAAAUGGAGAGCAAAACCAGAGAGACGUGGAAGAAAACGGAAGACAACCAUCAAAAUGGAUAGAAGAAUAACCAGAAUGGCAAAGGCUCAGCCAAUGAUCACCUCCAGGAUGAUCAAAGACAGUCUGGAGUUACCUGUAAGUACUGUGACAGUUAGAAGACGUCUGUGUGAAGCUAAUCUAUUUUCAAGAAUCCCCCGCAAAGUCCCUCUGUUAAAAAAAAGGCAUGUGCAGAAGAGGUUACAAUUUGCCAAAGAACACAUCAACUGGCCUAAAGAGAAAUGGAGGAACAUUUUGUGGACUGAUGAGAGUAAAAUUGUUCUUUUUGGGUCCAAGGGCCACAGGCAGUUUGUGAGACGACCCCCAAACUCUGAAUUCAAGCCACAGUACACAGUGAAGACAGUGAAGCAUGGAGGUGCAAGCAUCAUGAUAUGGGCAUGUUUCUCCUACUAUGGUGUUGGGCCUAUUUAUCGCAUACCAGGGAUCAUGGAUCAGUUUGCAUAUGUUAAAAUACUUGAAGAGGUCAUGUUGCCCUAUGCCGAAGAGGACAUGCCCUUGAAAUGGUUGUUUCAACAAGACAAUGACCCAAAACACACUAGUAAACGGGCAAAGUCUUGGUUCCAAACCAACAAAAUUAAUGUUAUGGAGUGGCCAGCCCAAUCUCCAGACCUUAAUCCAAUUGAGAACUUGUGGGGUGAUAUCAAAAAUGCUGUUUCUGAAGCAAAACCAAGAAAUGUGAAUGAAUUGUGGAAUGUUGUUAAAGAAUCAUGGAGUGGAAUAACAGCUGAGAGGUGCCACAAGUUGGUUGACUCCAUGCCACACAGAUGUCAAGCAGUUUUAAAAAACUGUGGUCAUACAACUAAAUAUUAGUUUAGUGAUUCACAGGAUUGCUAAAUCCCAGAAAAAAAAAAUGUUUGUACAAAAUAGUUUUGAGUUUGUACAGUCAAAGGUAGACACUGCUAUUUUUUUGAACACACCCCUUUCAACUAAUUCAACUAAUUGCCCAAUUGCACAGCCUUAAGAGCGUGCAUAUCAUGAAUGCUUGGUCUUGUUUGUUUUCUGACAAUCUACUGAACCUACUGGUAACUUGUUUGCCACGUAGCAAUAAAAAAUAUACUAAAAACCUUGAUUAUUCUGGUUAGUCACAUUGUACUGCUAUUAUUUUGAACAAUACUGUACAUAUAUAUGUGUGUGUGUGUGUGUUUAUAUUUAUAUGUACUAUUCUGUGCCAGUAUCAGUAGUGAGAGCACGUUGUUCAUGCUGCAAAUUUCAACAACAAGAAGUGCUUACCAGAUGGAGAGGGACACCACUGCUAUACACUAGUUCCCAAAACUGGUCCUGGAGGCACCCCAACACUUUACGUUUGAUCAAACACACCUCAUCAGCUCAUUAUAGAGACUCCAAAAUCUGAAAUUGGUGUGUCAGAGAAAGGAGACAUGCAAAAUAUGCAGUGUUGAUGUGCCUCCAGGACCAGGGUAGGGAACCACUGGUGUAUAGCAGUGGUGUCCAAUCCUGCUCUUAGAGGGCCACUGUCCUGCAGCGUUUAGCUUAAACCCAAUUAAACACACCUGAACCAGCUAAACAAGGUCUUUAUAGGCACACUAGAAAUCAGACAGGUGUGUUUAUGGGAUUGGGGCUAUCUUCUGAAGGCCAGUGGCGCUCCAGGAAAGAAUUUGGACACCCCUGGUGUGUAGUAUGUUAUGUGGGACACAGAGAAGAGUCAGUUAAGCGCGACCUCUGCUGGUGAAGCUGUGGAACUGCAGACUGACAACAUGCGGAUGUAUAACGUCAUCUGAGGCAGAUUUUGCUGAACACAGAUCAGCAUUUGAGGACGACUUUUAUCAGUAAAGUGCUUUGCACUAGAGUUUGUAUAGCGUAUGCUACGUCUAUUAUGCAUUGUUUUUUCUAGUAGUGAUCUGCCAAUGUAUAUUCAUGUAUUUGUUAACCAUAUUAUGUAAAAGCGACAUGCAUGCAUUUCUUUUUGAGAAAAUGUAUGCACAUCUAACUUCUGUAUUAUACAUUAUACAUUGACUAAAUAAUAUAGCCCUAUCUACAUAAACAUAUUUUCUGGUUUA